GUUCGGAAUAAGCGGCUGCACGUUUAUAUAAUUUAACAACUUUUACACACUUUAAUCUUCUGUUUGGUACAAUGUCACAGGUUUUAAAAGCACCUCCUAAGUUUCUGCCUUCCGAGUGGAAACAUGUGAAACAAGUGUACUUGAGGAGUGCAGAGGCCGAGCGGUCUCGCUCUGAGAGACUCACGGCAGAGUGUAAGAGACUGAUCGAGGAGACGGAGAAGUCUGUGAGACGCAUGGAGCAGGAUACUAACUACAGCCUGGAGAAGAGACUCAAAGAUGUCAAGUUCUGGAAGCAGGAGCUGGAGCAGAAACUGCACGAGAUGGUCCAGGAGAUCGAGCUGCUCGUGACAAUAAAGGAGCGAGUAGAGCGAGCUCUGGGGAGUUGCGCCGAGCCGCUUCAGGCCGCUGUUGAUUGUCUUCACGAGAGGGAGAAACGGGUGGAGACGGACCUGGUCCAUGACGAUGUGGACAGGGAGCUCUUGAAGGAGAAGGACGUGAUCGAGGGAGUGACGGCACUCCUUCAGCGCACUCUGGAGCAGAUCAUCGAGCAGAUCAGACUCAAUCGCUCUGCUAAGUACCACCUGGAGAAAGACCUGCGGGAUAAAUUUCAAGCCGAACGCAUCGACGAUUUCUGCUCCCUGCUCAGCAGCUCCGCCUUGAGCAUCGAGGGGCAGGAUGGAGCGAGACAGCGUGGCAUUGGAGGACUCGCCGUGACUCCUCUGGAAUGGGAGACGUUCUCCGACGUAAACAUCAACAAAGCGGAGAAGGAGAGAAACAACUCGGUGUCUCUGCGGGCGCUGGUGGAGAAUCUGCUGGUGCAGACGGCGGCGGACGUCCGGAAGCAGUACGAGGCCACCGGCUCAGCCCUGACGCUCCGCAUCCAAGAGACCAGGAGUAUUAAAGCGGAGCUGGAAGAUCAGCUGAGCAAGCUGCUUGCGGAGGUUGCGAGUCAGGAACAGAACAUCGAGGCGUUAAAAGUCGCCAUUGCUGAUAAGGAGGGGCCGCUCAGUGUGGCGCAGGCGCGGCUGCAUGCGCGCGAUCAGCGACCCAGAGUCGAGCUGUGCAAAGAUCAAGCUCACAAACAGCUACUCACUGAAAUGCAACAGCUCAUGAGUCACAUCACCAGGCUGAAAGAGGGUCUGGCUGAUUCAGAGAUGGAGCUCAGAGCGCUGACUCGAAGUCAACUGCUCCUGGAGGAGGAGAUCCAGGUCAAAGCGCAUUCGCUGUACAUAGACGAAGUGAUCUGCACUCAGAUCCGUCAGCCAAUCACUAUUCACGACUUCUGAAAGAAUAAACGACUUGAUUGCAGAAAA